GCCAAAGAAGAGUCCAAGCUCUUGUGUUCAUAUUGUGGCAGCAAGAGAAUUCUCUCCUCCACCAGAAAUGAAGGAGAAUUUCCUGGUUUUUGUCUUCCCCUAGCUGCAACAAAUCCCAUCUUUCAUGUUUCAGUUGUUUAUUUUGUUUUUUUAUUGUUUUAUAAACAGUACUCCUCCUCCCACAGAGCAGCAAGAACAAUAAAAAGAGAGAAAGAAACAAGAGAGAGGUUGGAAAGGAGAUCAAGGAAAGGAGACAAAAAGUUUGAAUAAUAUCCUCUCCUUUUUUAUCUUUUUCUUCCCUUCAAUGUCGAAUACUACUACAGGUGGUGAUGGUGGGAGCUUCACUUCAGGUAAUACUGCUGGAGAUGAAGUUCAGCAACAACGAGAUCAGCUGCUCACUGCAGAUCACUUUAGCCGCGGAAACAAUGGUUCCUCCACUAAACAGCAGCAGCCUCCAUCAUCUCUUAAGAAGAAACGAAACCUGCCAGGAAAUCCAGAUCCAACUGCUGAAGUUAUCGCUCUAUCACCAACAACUCUCAUGGCCACAAACCGAUUUGUGUGUGAAAUAUGCAAAAAAGGAUUCCAAAGGGACCAAAACCUUCAACUGCAUCGGCGAGGCCAUAAUCUGCCAUGGAAGCUUAAGCAAAGAACCAGCACCGAAAUCAGGAAGCGGGUCUACGUUUGCCCAGAACCUUCGUGCGUGCAUCACAACCCGGCUCGGGCAUUAGGUGAUCUUACAGGAAUUAAGAAGCAUUUUAGCCGAAAACAUGGGGAGAAAAAGUGGAAAUGUGAGAAGUGCUCCAAGAAGUAUGCAGUGCAGUCUGAUUGGAAAGCUCAUUCCAAGACCUGUGGUACUAGGGAAUACAAAUGCGACUGUGGCACCAUCUUCUCCAGGAGAGAUAGCUUUAUCACUCACAGAGCCUUCUGUGAUGCCCUGUCUGAAGAAAACAACAAAGCAAAGCAAGGAUUAUUGUCCAACAUGCAGGGACCAAACUUACAAGGACGUCAGAUCUCCGAGCUGAUGCCCUCACUGCCCAUCAACAACGUCAGCAACCCCAACCCAUCAAGUGGAACAUUCGGAUUCGACCAAUCUGAUAUCAAAGCACCGUUGCCAUUGCCCCAAGAACUCAUUUCUUUCCCGACAAAGCCAGCUUUGAACAUGACAGGAAGCCAUCUUUACACCAGUCCAAGAAGCAUUUCGUCUUCCUCUCCAUCCCUUCAGCCCAAAACGACUUCUUCAACCAUUUUCGAAGGAAAUGGACACCAAUUACCUCAUGUCUCAGCCCACAUGUCCGCUACAGCGUUGUUGCAGAAAGCUGCUCAAAUGGGCGCAACUGUGAGUAAUAAUGGAAUGAAUUCUCCAUUGAUGCAGAAUAACUUUGUUACAAGCAUGGCACCGCCAUCAUUCAGUGCAAUGCAGCCGGCCCAAAAUCAUGAUCAAUCGUUUGUUAACCAGUUCAUCCAGAAAGGCCAACAGCAAGAAAAUUCAUCGCAGUUUAUCAAUGCAAUCGGCAUGCUUAAUAACUUGGGAAUGACCAAUAUGGGGAUGCUGAACGGUCUUGCUGAUGAUGAGAACAGUGCAUUACUGAAGAACGUAAAGCACGACAGUAGUAAAACUACUAAUGUUUUGCACGGUGCAAACUCAAAUGGGAGUGGGGAUAUGAUGACUGUGGAUUUCUUGGGAAUAGGAGGAGGGUCGAGACGUGGGAAUUUUUAUGAACAACAGCAACAAAAGCAACAAGAAUUGGGUUUCGAUGGAAAUGGUCAAAGAUUUCAGGGAUUGAGUCACUUUCAGCAACAAGCGCAAGCGUUAAUGGAAAAACACAUGUGGGAGGUUUGAGAAUAUGCGCAUUGUUUUUUUUUUCCAACUUUCUUCGAAACAAUGCAUUGAUUACUCCCGAGCAAAAAGCUUCCUAGCCAGUACUCCGGCCUGAUCAUGUAAUGAAUUUUUCCCUAUAUAUUCUUCGUUUUAUA